AUUCACAUCUGUAGCCGCGCCUCUCCGUAUCACUCCGCGCCUCUCUCCCGCCAGGCCGCCGCCCAAGCAACCAUGGUGGCCGCGCUGCUCCGCCGCGCGCUCCACCUCCGCCGUGUGCUCCCCUCGCCCGCCGUCACCGCCGCCGCCUCCCAGCGCCUCAUCCCCGCCUUCUCGACCACCCCCACGCCGACCCCGACCACCUCCCAGCAGAACGCCGCCACCACUACGAUCGACCUCUCCUCCGACGAGAGCCGCCGCCGCCUCCUCAAUAGGUUGGUGUACCGGAGCAAGCAGCGAGGUUUUCUGGAACUGGACCUGGUGCUGGGGACCUGGGUCGAGCAGCACGUGCACGCCAUGGACGAGGCCAACAUCCGCGCCCUCCUGCAAGUGCUCGACCUCGAAAACCCAGAUUUGUGGAAAUGGUUGACUAGCCAGGAGCAGCCACCAGAGGAUCUGAAUUCUAAUCCGGUGUUUGCUGCCAUCAAAUCAAAGGUCACAGAUAACCUGACCAAGCAUGCUUCUCCUGAGACCCGAUCUACACCAGGUCAACCAUGGGUUAGAGGAUGGGACGACAUAAAGAAAGGCAAAGAUGGACCCAAGUAUGGAAAUCAGUGAUAAGCUGCUUGAAAUGGGGAUGACGGCUUUCCAUCCUAAAUAAUAGCUGUCCGCCCACCCCACCCCCCAAUAUGCUUGUUUUGUGAUUGUGUAGAAUAAAGUGAACUGCCACCGGCAUGUGUGAAGUUUGUUAAAUUGUAGAAUCAGCUUGUAACUAUGGAUGGUACUCCUGAUGUUUGCCUGGCAAUUCCAGCCUUCCAGGUAUCGUCUACUACUUGGAAAUAUGUUAUAUUAUGCAUUGCAGUC